ACACUUGGCUUCUAAACUCAGCACUGCUCCAGCUCUAGAAGUGCUCUUGGUAGUUAGUACACAGGCACAAAGGGCUUCAUCAAUUCCAGCCACCGCUAAAGGAUUCCAAGGAAGAUCUCAGCUGAUCGAAGAAGGUGCAUCACUCAGCAUCGAAAGGAGGUGUUUGCAUCUACUCUCCUGACAGGAAUCAUAGGGACAUUCGCACAAUGAAGUCAAGUGCUAAAUAGUUCCAAAAAGAAACAACUGUGGCAUUGCCUUCAACAUGUGGUAGACUGAUGCCAUAAAAGGGAUAAAUCUCUUCCUUUAAAAUGUCAAAACAGCCAGCUUCGAAUGUUAGAAGCAUUCAGGCUAAUAUCAACAUCCCAAUGGGAGCCCUUUUACCUGGAGCAGGUCAGCCACCAAAAAGAAAAGAAUAUACUGAAGCUGAUGAGAGCCUUCCAACUCCUUCAGAAGAGGAAAAGAAAAAGGUGCUCCCAGGAGCCAAGAAAUUACCUGGCCCAGCUGUAAACCUGUCAGAGAUCCAGAAUGUAAAGAGUGAGCUGAAAUUUGUCCCAAGAGCUGAACAGGAAUGAAAAGGUCUGCCAAGACGCAUAUGGAGAAGCUAAAUUGAUUGUAAUGAAGAAAGGUCACUGCAAUAGUUUAUAUAUUUAUACGAUGAUUGUGAGCAUCCUAAAUACAAGAAACGUCAUAGGAAUAUUUGCACAUUUAUGGACUUUCUUGUUAUUAGUUUUGAUUACUGUAAAGCAUAUGGAUUAUAUUAGCCGCACCAAAGCAUAUGUGUACAUAUACAUGAAGUGAAUUUGAUCAUAUAAUUAGUGAUAAAUGUAGUAUUAUUUUAAAAGAAUUGAAAUAAA